CAAACUUGAGUGAAUAAAAAGGCGAUCAAAUUGAGACUUUAAAUAUAUAAAAUUUUAAUUGGAUUACCAUUUCAGGUUAUUCGUUAUGUAUAGAGUUAAUCUCUGUAGAGCCCCGUGAAUACCGGAAUCUGAACAUAGAAUUCUCUGCGUUCACGUCCGCAGCAUAUUAUUUUGACUUGGUUCGCACGUUUACAAAUCUCAAGCCGAUUAAAGUUUUAAAUAAGAACUACCGGCGGACGGGCUCUGACUUAAAAAUUGAUAGCAGUGGGUUAAUACCAUUAUAAGUAACCCUAAAUCCCUGCAUAUAGGAAUCCGCUGACGUGAAGUGGUUCCUGACGGACAGUACGAGAAUAGGACGAGGGACCGAGUCUGCGCAGUCGGUGCUGGCAGACUGUACACAUCGGGAGCAUGGGUCACGUCUGCGCCUCGUCUACAGCUCUGAUAAGUAAAAGGUGUAAACAUUUCAAAAAUACACGGUGUUAGUUGGAGUUAUAAACAUCGGAGGAGCCAGCCAGAGACUGCCAUGACGUCAUCACUGCUCCACGCAACCAAGAGUAACCAGGUUUCGUACAUUGACGUGGAGGUGGACAGCAAUGACAGCCUGUCCGUCAGGGAGGGGUGGAAGGAGGGCGGGGACUCAAAGCCCGAGGGGGACGGGCGCUGUAAACACUGCGGCCGGACGCUGCUCAAAAUGGCGGGGGUCGCGCUCUCGGGGGUGGUGUUCGGAAUAGCCAUGGAAAAGUCAAGAGUUUUUGAACCCAAGAGUAUUCGAGAUCAGAUGGUGUUUAACAACUUCAUCAUGCUGAAGAUGUUCCUGUCUGCUGUAGCAAUAGGACAGGUCUGUAUGGCGAUACUGUCGCUGCUCCCCGCCACCAAGGACAGGUUCCAAAGCGCCUCACAGGAGUUUGUGUCAUGCUUCGAUGACCGUGGCAUCUUCUCCAGCGCCCUGGGCGCCUUCCUGCUCGGAGUAGGAAUGUCGUUAUCAGGAGCGUGUCCGGGAAUGGUGUUACCUCAAGUAGGAGCAUGGGUACCUAACUCUUUGUUUACGUUACUCGGCGCGCUGAUUGGUGCUCUUACAUACGGGUUACUUAGUUAUCAUCUGUCUAGUCUUACCAAACCUAAGAUCUGCUUCCAGCACAAACAGGUCCACGAGAAGUUUGACGUACAGUACGCCGUGAUAGCCGUGCCUAUGGCGGCAGUGGUGGGCAUUGCUGUGUUCUGUUUGGAGUGGUUCUGGCCUAACAGUAGGGACCUGGAGAGUCUAGGGCGACUACCGGAGCUAGAGAGUAACAUCAUCACCACCAUCGCGUGGCCACCCUAUGUCGGAGGCGCUCUCAUUGGUUUGCUACAAGUUCCCAUCAUCCUCCUGGUCAACGACACGAUUGGAGGAUCCUCCAGUUACAUCACAGUGGUCGCUCAGAUGUUUUUCACCAAAAAUCUACAGCAAAAAUUUCGCUAUCUUGCCGACAAACGGUCGGGGAUUUCCAACUGGUGGCAGGUUGUAUACGUCGUUUGUGCCAUAGUAGGAGGGGCUCUUUCUGCAGCAUCCUCCACUUCUUUCGGUGUUGCCAAAGGUGUUCCGGUAUACAUGGGGCUGCUGGGGGGAAUCGUCAUGCUGUGGGGCGCGCGCUUUGCUGCAGGUUGUACAAGCGGCCACGGAUUGUCGGGGAUGGGACUUCUAACAUGGCUGUCAUUUAUCGCCGUGCCCGCCAUGUUUGCCGGGGGCAUCGUCACCGCCUUCUCCAUGCAGGCCACCGGGGCCCUGGACACCUACGUCACAGCCAUGGGCGAUGCCAGCUGAGUAGAUGAACAAAUCCUAUUCCGUAUCCGGAAUGUGACUAGUUAUAACCGGUGAAUUAGCCACAGUAUGUCGUUAUUCUGGUGAUUAACCAGACGACAGUUUAACUCUGUGGACUAGCUUAUAUUUGUACAAUACACGUACAUAUUUAACUAGCCAGCGGUUCUGUAUCAUUUUGAAGUCGUAGACAAAUAUCAAGAUGCAAGUCUUAGAGUCCUCCAUAUAUAUAUGACAUAAUAAAUAGUUCCUCGGAGUAAUAUAGAUUCUUUCUGUAAAUGUGGAGACCAAUAGUUCGACCGACGAUAUCGGUGUACAAAGAGGGACAACCUCACUGUAAAUCCUUUUCCUUGGACAUUUAUCGAUCUUAAUUGUUCACUAAAAAUAUGCAUUAUAUACUACGGCAUGUUUCUAUGCAUGAAUACUUAUCUAUGCAUAUAUCCUAACUCAAAUUCCAGGUAUCAAAAUUGCAGUCAGAUUUAGAUAAUUGUUAUCCAAUGAAUUGUUAUAAUUUUUGUUGUAUUUAUUUGUACUUUAGUAUUUAUUCUUUCUUAUUAUUUAUUCGGCAAAUGUAACUGUAAUAUUAUUUAAUUGUUAUGUUCAUAUCAUAUUUUUGUGUCUAUUGUUAAUUCGACAAGUUUCAUGAAAUGCAAUAUGUUAUUCAGUCAUAUUAUGUACAUUUACCUUAUUUAUUACUUGUUGUGCAGUCUUGGCAAUGGUAUAUGUUAAUAAUACUAGUUAUGGUUUCAUGUGCUAUAUUUAUAUGUUAUAUACAAAGGCCUCUUCCAAUUGUUAAAACUAUGUGCCAAAUACUGAAUACAGUUAUAACAGAG